UUGAGGUUAUGAAAACAUAGAUUGAAAAAUAAGAUUAGAUUUAGAUUGGAACUUGAAAAGCAAUUUCCAAUUUUAGAUUUGAAUAGUGUAUUGUAAUUCUAACUUUUUGGUGAUGACAAAAAGUGAUUUGUUUUGCAAUUAAGUAUACCAUUAGAAUAGAAACUGACUGAAAAGGUGAUUUAUGGGUUAGCGCCAUAGCAACAAAUAGUUUUCUGUUUAGUUUUGCAUUAAUUACAGUUACGAUAAUACAAAUAAAAAUAUACAACUCUGCGUAAGUGUAGAUCGGUAAAAGUGACUAUCUAUUCUAAAAGUGGCAAUUCUACCUAUCGUUAAAUUUUUUGUUGCAAUUGAUUUGCGAUCAAUGGACAGAACAAUUUAUUUGUGUUGAGGGAGUUGAGACAGAUUGAGAUUGUCUAUUCCAAGUCAACUUUCCAUUUAAUAUCUUUACCGCGCCUUUGAAGUGAAUUACUUCUCUAAAUUUCAGUUUUUCAUAGCCUAAAGACACUCUCCAUUACCCUUUUGACAUCAGUCAAAUGUUUACGUUUGUCAACAUUGGGGUUUACAUGUAAAAAUUGGAAUAAUGUCUUGAAAAAAAAAUGUGAUUCCUAAAUUCAUUGAUUACUUCUACUAUUAUAAUCAUUGUACUUGUAAUUCUAUUGAACAUUUGUUUUUUGUGGGGUGGCUGAAAAAUGUCUGUUGACAAGAACAGUUCAGAAAUGGAUUUCUCUGAUGAUGAUGAUUGUGGCUACGAGGAUUAUUACAACACUGGGGAGGACUGUGAUGUAGAGCAAAUAGAUCCAUACAAAACCGACCCGGAGUACUUCGCUUUUGAUUGUCUAAAUGUUGAGCAAGUUGAGAGAUUGCUAAAUGAAAGCGUCGAGAUGCUCAGCAAUAAUUUGCAGAUCACUCCCUCGUUGGCAAAAAUGUUGCUGCACAGUCACGAGUGGGGCUGCCUGACGGUAACGGCCGAAUACAGGCGUGAUGCGGAACGAUUGCUUGUCACUUCGUGUGUCAAGCCUCCUGUUCCCCCAGACACAUCAAAAAGCUCAACCAGUGCUGGCAUGAAAAUUUCCUGCCCCGUUUGUGUGUCUUCGAUUUUCUUUGACAAAUUUAGCAGUUUAUGUUGUGGACAUUCUUUCUGUAACAUGUGCUGGGCUAUUCACUUCGAGGUGCAGAUUAAGACCGGCAUUUCAACGGGUAUCUCUUGUAUGGCCAAAGAUUGUGAGGUUCUAGCUCCUGAGGACUUUGUAUUGACACUUCUUACAAAACCACAGCUUCGGGACAAGUAUCAACAAUUCGCGUUCAGGGAUUAUGUGAAAUCACAUCCUCAACUAAGAUUCUGUCCUGGUCCAAACUGCCAAAUUGUACUCAGAUCCAAAGAGCCGAAAGCUAAGCGGGCGAUAUGCUCCUAUUGUAAAACUUCGUUUUGUUUCCGAUGUGGGGGAGAUUACCAUGCGCCGACCGACUGCAAUACCAUUAGAAAAUGGCUGAACAAAUGCGUAGACGACAGCGAAACGGCUAACUACAUUAGUGCACAUACUAAAGAUUGCCCACGUUGUCACAUAUGUAUUGAGAAAAAUGGUGGCUGUAAUCACAUGCAUUGCUACAAUUGCAAGCACGAAUUCUGUUGGAUGUGUCUGGGAGACUGGAAGUGUCAUGAUCCAGAAUAUUACGCGUGCUCUAGAUAUAAGGAAAAUCCGAAUAUCGCCAAUGAAUCGGCCCAUACCCAAGCCAGGGAGGCAUUAAAAAAGUAUCUUCACUAUUACGAAAGGUGGGAAAACCAUUGUAAGAGUUUGCAACUUGAGGAACAGACUGUAACAAAAAUAAAAAGUAGAAUAAACAUGAAAGUGAUGAACUCAUCUGGAACAUGGAUUGACUGGCAAUAUCUAAUUGAUGCUGCUGCUUUGUUAGCCAAGUGCAGAUACACCCUCCAAUACACCUAUCCUUACGCCUAUUUCAUGGAGCCAGGACCCAGGAAAGAACUGUUCGAAUACCAGCAAGCGCAACUGGAAGCAGAAAUAGAAAAUUUGUCUUGGGAAAUAGAACGAGCCGAAAGCACUGACAGGGGAGACCUGGAAAACCAAAUAGAUAUAACUGAAAAGCGGAGAACAACACUACUCAAAGACUUCCUUGAGAUAUGACUAGAUCAUCUCAUCAACGCUGCCAUCUCUCCAGGUCGUGUGAAUCGUGGCCAGCUUAGUAGUAGACAAGCUAGUAGUAAUAAUAGUGACGGCAACAAUAGAGAGUCAUCGCUGGAUGAUUCGGGAGUUGUGGAUGAUCACGAGGAAGGGGACGGCACCUCUGAAGAUGU